AAGAAAGGAAACGACAAUUGUUAAAAUGGAUGAGAUGUCUCUCCUAAUCGGUGGGAUCAAACCAAUGCUACAAACGUGUAGAAAUGGUGUGGAGAUACAUGGUAGAUAUGAAGCAAUUAGCAACGCCUACGUCUUGGCUAAGCAAUUACUUUAUUACAAGAGGUGGGUGACGACAACUAACCCUUCAUCGGCUCAACUAAGCAUUGGCGGAAUUAUAAACCCUAUCUUGAUAUUUUGUGGAGUCAAAUUGGGUGCAAGUAAGGAGGAACUAACUCAAAUUGACGCUCCCUAUCUUUCCAAGAUAGACUACCUCAUGGACCGUUUGGGCCAUCAUAUGUCACUUAACGUGCAAAAGAAUGUCGUUCUUCCAAAUCGCGACAUCACUACACUCAUGAAAAGGGACAAUGUGAUCUUUCUUCCUAAUGAUGAUGUCCUUUACAACGCCAAAAGUCAUCCACUUCUUGACCCUAUUUGUGGGUUGAAAACGAAUAAGCAAGUUGAUGUGGGUUAUUCGAGAGAUGCUCUACCCGCUCCAAGGGUCAUUGGAUGUGAACGAUACAACUUCCAACUAUAUGAUGGACCCAUCCAAAACAAAGCUCUACGCCAUGCUCAGAAUAGCAUUAACCUUCUUCAACGAUUCGUCAAAUGGCAACGGCGAUCGAUGAGGAAGCUAUUAAGGAAAGUGAAGAGCUUAGAAGGAGAAGUAAAGAGUCUCAAGGGAAAGCCCAAUGGUGGUGAACCUUCACACCAUCAAGAGGAAAUGGUGGUGGAAACGAAAGACAAUAAAAGGACUAACAAUGUGAUGGAUAUGGAUGGUAGGCACUCUUAUCAUGAGCCAUCGAGUUUGUUCAUGGAACACCAAGAACCACCGCAUCCAUCUUUCUAUGAACAAAGGCCAAGAAGAAAACGUCGAGCGAUUCGUUCCCCGAUUCCAAGUUCAAGUAAUCCACCAUUUUUAUUUAAUUCAAUGGAAUCCAUUGACUCUACUCAUCAUAACUAAGGUACCAUCCAAAAUCUUGUAAAUAGUUUCUUAAU